AAGUGGUUCAUUAAGGAUAAGAAAGUAAUUUCCCCCAUCAAGCCAUAAUUCCAACCUACUAAAAGCCAUUACCAAAUCCUACAAACAAACAUGGAAGUUUCAAAAUUCAACAUAAUCAAAAUCCAACAUAAUCUCUCAUAUUCAAAAUCCAAGGUUUUAUCAUAAUCCCUCAUUUUCUAAAAUCCUAGAAGCAAACGACCCCUCAAUCACUUUCUCUCAAAAUCCCUCUGUUACCAUGUUUCUCUUUCACGCCUCUGUUCCUCUGCAUUCCUCUUGCCAUUAUGUCUAGCUCCACUGUGUCUGACAGCUCAGCCCCCGUCGACGAAUCCACCAUCAUCACCUUCAAUCCGGCUGCUCAAUUGCCGCUGAAACUGACUCCAACAAAUUUCAAUUCCUGGCGGUCACAGUUAGAGACUCUUCUAAUGGGACUCGAUCUCAUAAGCUUUAUCGAUGAUACUGGUGUUGUGCCUUCUCUUACGAUCACUAUCGACAGCGCAACCAAACCCAAUCCAGCCUACCGUCAGUGGUUUCGGCAGGAUAAGCUCAUCUUGCACGCUCUCCGCUGCUCAAUCUCUGAAUCGCUAUACUCCUUUGUGUCUGCCGCUGUAACUUCACGAGAAGCUUGGUUGAUUCACGAGAAGCUGUACGCCGGUCGCUCUGGAUCUCGAAUCAUCAAUCUUAAAGGGAAACUCGCUCGAAUGGUCAAGGGUGAUCGAGACAUUCUUACUUAUGUCAAUGAUUUAAAACAGAUCGCUGCUGAGCUUGCUCUUGUAGGCAAACCCGUCUCUGAUCUCGAUCUGGUUGUCCACUGCCUUCGUGGCCUUGGCUCCGAUUACAAUCACUUCUCGGCGGCGGUGAGAGCACGGAGAUCCACCGUUUCCAUUGAAGAACUCCUAGACUCCUUGAUCGAAUACGAAGCUGACCUCAAGGAGCAGUCAAGGAUCACCACCGUACCCACCGCCUUCUAUUCCCAUGCUCCGCCUCGUCGCAACGGUGGCAGCUUCGUCUCUCCUGGUGGCGGCGGCUCUGUUUCUCAUGGAGGAGGCAGCUCACGUUAUCCUCAUCAACGAAAUCCACAGGGUUUCGCUAAUAAUUUCCAUCCAUCUCAGCAGGCCCAGGCGAAUUCCUCAGGCGGCCCAUCCUUUUCACACGAGCCCAACCGCCAGCGCAGGCCCUCUGUGGUCCGCCAAUGUUUCAGGCUCUUUCCCCAGGCCUGCCAAGCAUUUCACCAGGCCCGUCAGGGGCAGGCUAAUAUUACUCAAGUGGGCUCUUCUUCCUCUACUGGGCCUUGGCUUAUGGAUACAGCAGCUUCCCAUCAUGUGACUCCGGAUUUGGGCCAAUUAUCAUUAUACUCUGAUUAUACAGGUCCCGAUGAGAUUCUUGUUGGUGACGGCUCAGGAUCUUCGCACGGGGGCGCAUUUGCUGAAGGGGGAAAACAACGGUGAUGUCUAUGAACUGCCUAGGGAGGUGGAGAAAGUUCAUUUGGCCUUGGUUACCACACGCACAUCGACAACUUCCUGGCAUGCUCGGUUGGGUCAUCCCUCUCAUCAAUCUCUCACUAGUCUUAUUCGGUCUUAUUCUCUUCCAGUUUCGUCCUUGGUAGCAAGUUCUGCUUGUGAUUCUUGUCUUUGCAAUAAAAGCCAUAAAUUGCCCUUUUUCGG